AUGUCUGGCGUUGGUUGGUUAAUUUCAAAAUUAUUCUCCAUAAAUACACCAGCAGAAAGCGGGAAAAAGGAAAGAGUUGUGCUUGAUCGGUACGGACGAAAAGUAGAAACCAGUAGAAAGGAAAAUCAACCAAGGAAAUGGGUUUAUCACCCAGAAAUCGUUCGUGCAAACGCUUCAUCAGAUAUAACGACAUUUCCAAUACGACUUCAAGACGGUGUGCUUCUUAGUGAACUUCCGCCUCCACCACCUCAUCCUACAAUUCCAGAUGAGAUACGGAAAGCCGUACGUUCAAAAAUGGUACGAUGCAAAAUUUGCAAAAAUCGUUUUAUUGAAAAGAAUUUAUAUGAACGACAUCUGCGUGACCGGCAUUACACCGAAUAUUUGGCAUAUUUGAUACAACAGGAAGAGGAAAUUGCUGAACAAAGGCAGGCUGAACUUGAAGCAAAUCGGAUUGAGGAACUUGCAACGGGAGGUUACAUUCCACCGGAGCGUGAGAUAGAUGCUGAAUCUUAUGAAGUUGAAGUUGACAAGAUUCCAUUGCCUGGUGAAUUAAGUGGAGGUAUUCCAGCACGUUUCGAUCGACAUGGUUUCUUACGUCAGCCAAAACGUUCCUACAAGAAAAAAGUUUCUCCACAAUGUCCGUUCUGUGACAAACGGUUCAGGAACGAGGUUUCUUUGAAGAAGCAUUUUGUCAAAAAGCAUCCAGAAACCGUUGAUUUUGUUCAAUGUUUACGUUGUUUUAAAGCAGUAAAAACGAAAAACGAAUUGUCAGCGCAUGAAUGCGACUUGACAUUUAUCUGCUUUGAAUGCACACCACUGAGGAAUCUCUGCACUCAGCAAAGAUUGCUCAAUCAUCGAGCAAAGUUCCAUCGCGGUGCGAAUUCAGGUUUCAAAUGUAAUAUGUGUGCUUUGAAAUUCCUUACACCGCGAAAACUCAGGAAGCACAAGAAAAUGGCUCAUGUUUUCACGAAAACUUUCCCUUGCCAUUUUUGUGACGAGUUAUUUACAAGCGAAUGUUCGGUGACAACACACGAACGUAUUCACACGGGUAUAAUCAAAUUUGAAUGUCGAAUCUGUGACUUCAAGUGUAAUCGUUUUGUCUGGAUGGAAGAACAUCAAAAAGAAGAGCACGGCUAUAUUUGUUCCGUAUGCCAGCAUAAAUGUGCCGAAUGGGGUGCUCUUAAAGAUCACACAUUGCAGGAGCAUGGUGGUUAUUUGACCAGUGAGUCGAAUGCAGCUCAAGCGGUAAUGACGAUGCUAGCAAUCGGAAAGAAGGCAAAGAAUUCACCAUCGGUUUUCUUUUCUGUUUUUAUUGUAGCCUCAGUUUGCUUAAUGACAUUGAUGUUCCGACAUUUAAACAUGUUUUGCGGAUAUGGACAGGCAAAAGCGCUGUUUUAG